AUGUCCAUCUCUACCAAAAACCAUGAGACUCGCAACAUGAGGUUUCUCUACUACGUCAAAUGGAUCAAUACUGAAAGUGGAGUCACUCGUUGUGAGGUAUUUCUGAAAGCAUUGUGUGACGGCCAAACAAAAAAUUUUAAUUCUGAUUUGAUGGAGGUGGAAGAGGCAAGAUAUAUCAAGCCAAUCAAAUCUUCGGAAAUCCUUUUGAGAGGUUGUUUGAAGGAUGAUGAAGAAUACGUCGAUUCUAUUCCUUGCAAGAAACCUUCAUCUUGUGCAGGAGCAAACCUCUUGGCCAAACGACGGACUUUAUCAACGGAAUCGUAUUCGAAGUCACUAGCAGACACUGGCAAGGAUCCCGGGAUCCCGCAGGAUGAGGCUGAAGCCAGCGGGUUAACGUGA